AAACCAAGUUGUCACAAUCAAUUAUACUUCAGCUGUGAAUAUCAGUUUUCGCAGUAAUUCUUGGAGCGUCUAUUUAAUAUUUAUCUUUCAAGUAUAUAAGAUGUCAUGUUUUGAGAAAUUAGUUCAGAACAUAUCGGCAAAAUGUGGCGACUAGGCGUAUUGUUGUUAGGGACUGUCCUAUUAGAGUUUGCAGCUGCUGAUGUUAAACCAACAGAAGCCCUCCUCAUCCAGCGACUAAAACGCUCUCCAGACUCAUGUGACAACUACGACUACUACCGAAACCGGCGGGAGAGGUACUGGCCCCCACCACCACCAGGGCCACCACCCCCACCAUUCUGGCCUCCACCCCCACCCCCACCUGGGCCACCAGGGCCACCAGGACCACCAUUCUGGCCACAUCAUCAUCAUCGUGACCGCUUCGAAGAGAUCUAUGAUGCCGCGUCAAGAAGGGACGAUGAACCCUGUUCCACGUGCCCAGGGGGUAAAGAUACUUCAUCCGCUCUUAGUAAUGCUAAGAGUCAGAAUGGAGACGCUAUUGCGAUAGCUGUGGCUAAGGCUAGUCCUAAAUCAUGAGGUUUCUUGGCUGUUAUUCAAAUGUUUUAGGGUGUGUUUAAACCAAACGAGCGAGUGUUAAAUUAUAAGAAC